AUGUUUUCUUCGCGUUGCCUUCUGUUUUUACUUCUUCAUCUCUUUUUCACACUAAACUCUCAAGCCAAGGACCAACUAGUUUUCCGCUACCACGAAUGUAACAAUGAUCUCGGAAACUUUACCGACGGUAGUACCUACCAAGACAACCUCGCCGCCGUUCUAAAAAUUAUAUAUUCCGACAGAGAAAUAGACUAUGGGUUCUACAAUUUCUCAUAUGGAGAUGAACCUGACAUAGUAAACGCAGUCGGAUUUUGCAGAGGAGACAUUAAUCCAAACGACUGCCGCGACUGCUUGAAAACCUCUGCAGUACUUCUCACAGAUCGGUGUGGAAUACAAAAAGAGGCAAUUGGUUACUACGACAUAUGCACCUUACGCUAUUCGAACACAUCAAUUUUCGGUGUCAUGGAUACUGAUACUGGUAAGUAUUUCAAUAUCAAAAGCAAAACAGUGAUGGAUGAUGCAUUUAAUACAACACUUAAUGGCUUGUUGGAUGAACUUAAAAGCAUGGCAGCCGAAGGUGAUUGGAGGAAGAAGUUUGGUGAAAAGAGUGUGAAAGUAAUUGAAUCAAAUAGUAGUAAUAAUGAUACUAUAUAUGGAUUGGUUCAGUGUACACCAGAUUUGACAAAACAAAAUUGUACUAAAUGUUUAGAUUUAGCUUUCCCAGAUCUUUCAAGGUGGUGUCCAAAAAUGAAAGUUUGUUUGUAUCUUGGACCAAGUUGUUCGGUUAGAUAUGAUAUAGUUCAGUUUUAUCAGUCUAUAGUUAAUAGUGCAGAGUCACCAGCACCACAACCUUCUUCCCAAGCAAUUUCUCCUGAACCUUCAUCAGACAACUCUACCACCAACCCUUCUAAUACUAAGGAAAGAAGAGGGAGAAAGCCAAAACCCCAAUAUACUGCUGAAAUUCAAGUCCAAGAGACAAAUGAAGAUGAAGAUGAAAUUAAAGCUGGCAAUGAUCUUAAAGUUGGUGAUUUGUUGCAAUUUGACUUUGAAGCCAUCAAAUUAGCUACAAACAACUUUUGUGAUGCAACUGCGCUUGGUCAAGGUGGAUUUGGAACUGUUUAUAGGGGUACACUAGAUGGACUUGAUGUUGCUAUUAAAAGGUUAGCUAACAAUUCUAAGCAAGGAGAAACAGAAUUCAAGAAUGAAGUAUUACUUACGGGGAAGCUUCAACAUCGAAAUUUAGUUAAACUACUAGGUUUUUGUUUACAUAGAGGAGAAAGACUGCUAAUAUACGAGUUUGUCCCCAAUAAAAGUCUCGACUAUAUCAUAUUUGAUCCAAUCAAACGUGCGGAUUUAAAUUGGGAAAGACGCUUUAAAAUCAUUAAAGAUAUUGCGCGCGGUCUUCUCUAUCUUCACGAGGAUUCUCGACUACAAAUUGUUCACCGUGAUCUCAAAACAAGUAAUAUUCUACUUGAUAAUGAAAUGAAUCCAAAAAUUACAGAUUUUGGCAUUGCAAGGUUGUUUGCCCCCAAUCAAACCCAUGGCAUGACAAGUACGGUUAUUGGAACUUAUGGAUAUAUGGCUCCAGAAUAUAUCAAACAUGGAGAAUUUUCAAUCAAAUCAGAUAUAUUCAGUUUUGGUGUAAUUGUUUUGGAAAUUGUCUGCGGUCGGAGAAACACUAAGUCUCGUGACGGGGAGAAUAUAAAAGAUCUAUUAGAUAAUGCAUGGGAAAACUGGAAGACAGGGACAAGUUUGGAUAUUGUAGAUCCAAUGUUAGAGCAAGAUUUAAAUAAGGAUGAAAAAAAGAGAUGCAUCCAUGUUGGAUUACUCUGUGUUCAAGAAGAUAUAGAUGUGAGACCAACUAUGAGUUCUGUUUUACUAAUGCUUAGUAGCAUAUAUCUCCCACUUCCAGAACCUUCAGAACCUCCAUUUUUAAUGCAACCCAAAAGAGCAUUAUCUAUAUCCUUAAGUGACAAAUAUUCAGGUCCUACAAAGUCAAGUGAUUCAGGAUCAGGAAGUCAGUUUACUCAAGUAUCAACAAGGAAGUCCUCAUCAGUGACAGAUUAA